UUCUGCUCUGGACUGCACAGCAGAGAUCUUUGCUGGGGUACAGUUUGUUGUCUUUUCACCAGAGCUGGGGGAACAAGCUGCUGGGACUGCUACGUGCUGCGGAUAAAGCCACUGCCAGAUCGUUGCCCUUUCGUCAGAACCCCCGAGGUCAGCAAGGAGCCGAAAGGAGAUCACAAGGGACUACAAUCAACACAUCACGAGCCAACGAAAAAGAAGAAGAUGAGUGAAUCCAGUGCAAAAUCAGGCCAACCUCUGGCUGCCAAACAGGACAAGGAUGUCUCUGAGAAGAGAGGACGAGGGCGGCCCAGGAAGCAGCCUCAGCAGGCACCCAGUGAGGCACCAGUCCCCAAGAGACCCCGUGGCAGACCAAAGGGGAGCAAAAACAAGGCGGCUACAAAGGGAAGGAAAGCUUCUGUAACACCUGGGAGAAAACCUCGAGGCCGACCCAAAAAAUCAGAAAAGGAGGAGGAAGAGGUUAACAUUUCCCAGGAGUCAUCGGAAGAGGAACAGUGAAGAUAGUCAACUGAUUCUACCUCACAAUUCAGUUUUCCUAUUUUUUGUUAAGUUUUGGGACAGAGGAAGGAACAAAGAAUCCUUAUUCCUUUUCUGACCCCCCUACAUCCCCUAUGUUCUCACAGUUAAAAUAACAGCAACACUGGAAUACGGUGUGAAACAAAUCAGCCAUCACGUUUGUUGAUGUGUAAUGUUUAAAGGGAGAACAGUGUACUUUGUUUUCCCUUCUCAUGUGACAGGGUUAAAACUUUAGCCUACCAGUUUAUGUAAUUCUAUAUUAUUAUUAUCAUCAUCAUCAGUUUUUGGCCUGUCUUUUCAAUACACUCCUUGUAGAGAAAGGGGUAUAUAAAAUGUUAUAUUAACCACUUAUUCAUGUUGAAAAGAGUGGGAGGUUUAGUGUUUCCUUAUCAGCCCUUAUCUCCCCGUUAGAGAGAGCAUACCACCCUUACAAAGGAUGAUAUUUAACACUGGCAGAAAGUUAUAUCAUAGAGGAGAAUGGGGAGCAUUGUAUUUUUUUUCUAGAAACCAAUUUUAGUAGGAAGAGCCAAAGCAAUGGAAAGGGGGAACUCCUGAGUUUUCCUAUUGUAUACUACAUGCCUGGGUACUGAUACUGAUUUUAGAGGUUGUUACAUUGCCACAUUCCCUCCACUUUCUAUGAUUCAAGGAUCAUAUGGUUCCUUGCAGCAUGCCUGUUUGUUCUAGUCGGCCCCAUGCAGUCAAGCCUCAGCCAGCUUUCUUGGAGUCGAAGCAUGUAGGGUUACCAUGGGCAAGAUAGGCUUUGCAGUGUAUUUUCAUUGCUGAUCAAUGGGAUUGUUUGGAAAAGUUCUCCCAAUGGCAGGUGUGUCAGUGGCUGUGUAACUGUCCUACCCUCCCAUCAUGAUCUUAGCUGCCAAUUCCCAAGGCACAAAGAUCUGAAAGUUUUUCUCUUGGUUUCUGCUUAUUCUCCACAGAAAGAACUACAGGGUCUUCUUUGAAUCCAAAGACAUUGCCAUGACCAAGGAAAAUGGGAUGGCAGAAUUCCUGCCCCCCUCCCCCCCAUGUCUCACCUGGUUCAGUGACAUUUUUCCCAUUGGGAAUAGCACAGUUAGUGUUUUAGCUGCAGUUGUCUUUCCAAAACAGGUCUCUUUUCAGGUUUUCUUUUUUCCUUCAUUCACAACUACCUCUGGAUAAUUUAAAUUUCAUUCUCUUAAACAUGGAGUUGCUGCUGUUGUUGUUGCUGCUGCUGUACUGGUUACAAAGUUUUAUUAUUCCAACAGGUUCUGUCUGGUUUCUUUUCUCUGGGACUGACAAAUUGUACACUAUAGAUAAUUUAGUUUGAGUUUUAAAACUAUUGUGCUAUUAAAAAGGGAUAAAAGCUUACAGUUGUCAGACUGAAUGAAGGGGAAAGGGGGAAACUAUUUAUAAUGGUUAUUUCCAAGAAUCAACAAUCUACACAUUCAGAACAUUGGGGUUUCAUGCCAUGGUGCCCACAAUGAUGCGUUACUUCUGAAAACACAGGUUUGAGCUCCCAUUGGCCCUGUGCUCAAGAUACCCCCUUCUAAAGGAAAGGAUGAUAAGAGCAGAAAUGGGUAGAUUUUUCAUGAUCACUUGCAUUUUAAGAGUACUCUGGGGUAAAAUGGUAGCUAUGCUUGACAGCCUCAAUGCCACACAAAGGGUUGUGUCAAUCUCUGUGCUGAUCUCCCCAAUUUUAAUUUAGACUAAAUUAGAAGCUUGGACAGAACCUCUCCCUGCCACCCCCCCACACCCAAGUCCCAAUGCUUAGUAUAUUGUAGCUUGGGUAUCCUUGACACGCGUUCAGUGUUCCAAAACAAGUUGCUCCAAGAAGCUGCUAUUCAUUUGCAGCCAAUCUUCAACACCAUCACAGUUGAGGGUUUGGGGGGGGGGGGCUUUCCCACCAAUCCUAACUUCUCAAAUCCAAAGCUAGCACAACUUUAAAAGAAUCUUUCCCUUAAACUGUCCUUUUGCUGAAACUGGUUUGAUCUCUUUCUAAUCCGGGAUAGCAUGACUUGCACAAUGCCUGAACAAAUCCCUUCAGUUUCUGGGCUGAGAAUUAGUUGGCAUGAAAACUAACUUCAUUGUUUGCCAUUAACUAGCUGUUGGUUUGAUUCAGAUGUUAACAGUUGCUGCGUAUCAGUGAGAAGAAUUGCUUUUAUUUCUGCCUCUUAAAAUCGAUAUUUUCAGCUACAUAAGGGCUAAGGGUUACUGGGAUGGCUGAGGUAAUGGGUCUGAAAGCAGUGGGUCAACCCUAUGACCAAGGGAAGGCAACUGUGUAAGAACAAGCAAAAGGGGGGAAGUCUAGUGGUUUGUAGGCUGUUGUGUGAAUCUCUUGUCCAUGUUAAAGCCUUCUUGAAUUCCUAUUUGCAGUUUACUUGAAUAAAAUACUUAAUUGAUA